AUGAGAGAUGGUGCGAAUGCGCCGUUUGACGUAGUAUUGCAGUACUUGAAGCCAUGUAAAUUCAACGAUUACGGUCCGGAACGUACGAUAGAGACAUGGUACUCAAAAGCGGGUAGAAUCGAGCGCCACAACCGUACUGAAAUCGCAUAUACAUUUAUCAGACCUGAUAUCGAUGACCACGCCGCAUCGGAAUUCAUGAAGAUCGAACAGCAACAGGGAGAUGGAACUGUGGAUGAAGUCGAGGGAGGAGAGUCCUCGUCAAAAUCUUGAGAGAUCAUCCGUCAAUCGUUCCAUAGAUAUAUCAAUGGCUCAUCUGGUCCUCUGUUACUUGCACAAGUUUAUCUGUGGUUGAAUGUGCUUAUCCUCUGUCUAUAGAGGGGAUGGAUUUAGUUGAUGGGGGGGGUUUUCACUUGUCGCAAAGGUGCGGAGGUAAACCCGUUUAUAAAGAUUAGGUACUUAAUAAGAGGUUCAUUUACAAAAAAUUAAUUGAAGGCCAAAUUUGAAUGAUAAAUGAUUUCCAAAG